AUGCAAGCAAUUGUCGAUUUACCAAAUACUAGUGAAGAUUCAGCGAGUAGUUUGCGUAGCUUUCACGAUGGUGUGCUUCGUCAUAUGCGCGCGCUGAAGGUUUUGAAAGAGCCCACGAGCAGCUGGGAUACACCCAUGAUUUGUUUACUAACAGCCAAAUUAGAUAAAGAGUCUCGUCGGGAAUGGGAAAAAGCGGCAAAUGGAACUCAGAUGCCAAAGUUUGAUAAAUUUUUAGAUUUUUUACGCGAACGGUGUCAAUUAUUAGAAGCAAUACACGCUGGUUGUGGUGAAAAGAAACAGAAUACAAGGCCUAGUAAUAAAGUACAAUCAAUUAAUGAAAAGAAAUCUAUAGGAAAAUCAUUUGUUGCUUCACAGAGUACCUUUUCUUGUUUUAAUUGUAAAGAGAAUCAUGUUCUUAACAAUUGCUCGGAAUUUUUAAAAUUAUCAAUAGAUGAGAGAAAAGAAUUUGUUAAGAAAAAAGGACUAUGUUACAAUUGUUUACGGAAAAAUCAUUUUAUUAGCGAGUGUAAAUCCGGAAAUUGCAUGAAGUGUCACAAACGUCACCACACAUUGCUGCACAAAGAUAAUUUAGAUUCGAAUUCGGAAUAUAAAAAUCAAGCGAGCACUAGUGUUGAGUAUGUUGAUCAGGGAAAUAAAUUAUCAUCAAAUCACAUCAGUAGCGCGUCUAGUGUAAUGUUAUCAACUGCAAUUGUGGAUAUGUACGAUAGUGAAGGAAAAAAACAUGAAUGUAGGGUUUUACUCGACAGCGGUUCUCAACCGAACAUUAUGACAGUAAAAUUUGCAAAAUUAUUAAAACUUAAAACAAGAAAAACAAACGCGUCAAUUGAAGUUAUUAACAAUCAAGAAAUAAAUAGUUUAGAAUGGGUUUACGCGAAAUUCCAAUCAAAACAUAACAAUUAUUCUGCAAACUUAUCUUUCCUUGUAUUACCUCGUAUCACCAGUGAUCAUCCUAAUUGUCCUGUAAAUAAAGAGAUCCUGAAUAUUCCGAAAAAUAUUCCCCUUGCUGAUUCUCGUUUUGACAGGCCCUCGGAAAUCGACGCAUUGAUCAGUGCAAAGAUUUUUUAUGAUUUGCUGUGCAGCGAAAGGAUUCCCUUGGCAUUUCCACGCACUCAUCUACAGAAUACAAGGAUCGGAUGGAUUGUCACCGGAAAAAUCAACUGCAUUCCACGUAGAAAUCAAGUUUCUUGUAACUUGAUUAGAGAUCAACUGCAUAAACAAAUGGAGCGAUUCUGGGAAAUCGAGGAGCUGUCUGAUCAACGAAUUCUAUCAAGGGAAGAAGAGGCGUGUGAACAACAUUUUCGAGACAAUUAUCAACGCAUUCCAUCAGGUCAAUUCAUGGUCCGGUUACCUGCAAAGGAGGGAAUCAAUCAACUGGGAUCAUCGCACGAGACGGCUCGUCGUCAAUUCUUCGCACUGGAGAGAAGACUCGAAAAAAAUGCAACACUCAGGGAUAAAUACAACCAAUUCAUGCGGGAAUACCUGGAUCUAAACCACAUGGAGGAAGUAUCCUCGAACGAGAAAGACGGGUAUUUUAUUCCUCAUCACGCUAUACUCAAGGAAAAUAGUCUCACCACCAAACUCAGGGCUGUAUUCAACGCGUCGGCCAAGUCGAGUUCUGGUGUAUCCUUGAAUGAGAUGCUGAUGGUGGGACCAACGAUCCAAGAUGGAGUGCUGGAGCUGAUUCUUCGAUUCAGACUGUUCGAGAUCGCGAUUGGAGCAGACAUAGAAAAAAUGUACCGUCAGUUCCUAGUACAUCCGGAGGACAGGAAAUAUCAGAAAAUAUUUUGGAGAUUCGAUCCAAAUCAACCUCUCAAGAUUUAUCAACUUCGGACAGUGACGUAUGGGACAUCGGCGGCUCCAUUCCUGGCAACGAGAUGUUUGGCCCAGUUAGCUGAAGAAGAAUCAUCAUUAUUUCCGGAAGCAGCUGCGGUUCUGCGAAACGACUUUUAUGUUGAUGAUGCAAUGACGGGAGCAGAUUCAUAUAAGAAAGCUGAGCGACUUAUCCAGGAUCUGAUCGAGGUGACAUCCAAAGCGGGACUUCGACUGUGCAAGUGGGUCUCGAACGAUUCAAGGCUGACCGAAUCCAUGCCUGAUAGUCUUCUGAAUAUGCGCAAGAAAUUAGAUGAUCAUCAAACCAUCACGAAAACUCUAGGCAUUGUUUGGGACGCGGCUACCGACGAACUUGGAUUCGAAGUCGAGCUAAAACAAGAAUCUGAAAUUAUUACCAAGAGAUCAAUUUUAUCUGAGACUGCUCAAUUUUAUGAUCCUCAAGGCUGGAUAGCUCCGGUCAUCGUGCUCGCAAAAAUUCAAAUGCAAGAAUUAUGGAAACUGAAAAUCGGAUGGGACGAUCCUGUUCCUGAGGAAAUGGAUAAAAACUGGCGAAUUUUUCGUGAUCAACUGAAGGUGAUCAACACUUGGACAUUACCAAGAUUAGCGAAAAUUCCGAAUGCACAGGAACUGCAACUCCACGGAUUCGCUGAUGCAAGUCAACGUGCUUAUGGAGCAUGUAUUUACUUGAGAUCAUCGAGUGGCGGGAAGCAUCAUUCAAUGUUGAUGUGUUCCAAAUCAAGAGUGGCUCCAGUGCAGAUCAUCUCACUUCCUCGCUUGGAACUGUGCGCUGCUGUUUUGCUCACUAAAUUAUUCAAGACGGUGAUUAAAGCUCUCAAAAUUGAAUUCAAGACAGUUACCUUUUGGUCUGAUUCAACAAUAGUCCUGAAUUGGAUCAACAAACCACCUUACAAACUUGAGACAUUUGAAGCUAAUAGGAUCACCGAGAUUCAAAGCGUCACAAGAGCAGGCGAUUGGAGACAUGUUUCGACAACGGAAAAUCCUGCGGAUGUCCUGUCUAGAGGCCAAUUGCCAUCGGAUUUCCUGACGAAUCAACUUUGGAAGCAUGGUCCAGCCUGGUUGAGGGAAAAUGAAGAGGCGUGGCCACCAAGAUUUCAAUCUACACAAGAAGGCCAGGAGGAAUCGAAGAAGAUUCAAGUCUUGACUGCCAAGGUCACCGAACGAUGGAGUUUGUUGAGCAAGUAUUCUUCCAUGAGAAUUCUCAUUCGAGUGACUGCCUAUUGUCUUCGAUUCUACCGAAAUGCACGCGAAAAAGGAAAAAGGAGAAGAAGAUCAACGGGUCCGCUGUCGGUGGAUGAGCUCAAAUCGGCAGAAAUAAAAUUGAUCAUCAUGAUUCAACGAGAAGAAUUUCCUAACGAGAUCCGAGAUCUUUCAAGAGGAAAGGUGAUUCAUCAGCGUUCCAAGAUCGCGCGACUGAGUCCAGUGAUGGAGGAUGGUAUUUUACGAGUGGGAGGUCGAAUCCAACAAUCCGAACUAGAAAAUGACCAGAUUCAUCCUAUCCUCAUUCCCAAAUCACAUCCUGUUACCACUUUAUUGAUUCGCAAUGCUCAUUGGAAUUUGAAACAUGCAGGCGUCAAUGCAACCUUAUAUAAUCUUCGACAAAAAUUUUGGAUAGUAGAUGGUAGAUCAGCGGUAGGGAAGGUGGUGACGUCAUGCGUAACUUGUUGUAAAGUGAAACCGAAAGAAAUUGCUUACGUCAUGGGAAAUCUUCCUAAGGUGCGAGUCUCUGCGGCGAGACCUUUCGAGAAUGUUGGCAUAGAUUACUGUGGGUAUUUUUUUGUCAAGGAAAAACGUCAUCGAAAUCGAGCAAAAUUGAAAGUGUACGCGGCCGUAUUUGUUUGUUUGGCGACCAAAGCGGUCCAUAUCGAAUUAGUCGAAAAUUUAACCACCGAAGCGUUUAUCGGAAGUUUGCGGCGAUUUUUUGCGCGACGCGGAAAAUCUAGAGCCUUGUAUUCUGACAAUGGUACCAACUUCGUCGGAGCGAACAAUGAGCUUAGGGACCUUUACAACUUCUUAGAAUCUGAAAAAGUAAACGAAAAAAUUCAACGUGAAUUAUCUGAUCAAUUGAUUGAGUGGAAUUUUAUUCCCCCUCGUACUCCGCAUUUUGGCGGAAUAUGGGAGGCAGCGGUAAAGGUUCUUAAGCAUCAUUUGCGAAGAGUGGUCGGCGAUGCGUUACUUACAUAUGAGCAAUUGAAUACAUUGAUGGUCGAGAUUGAAGCGUUAAUGAACUCACGCCCAUUAACACCAAUGUCCUCGGACCCUAACGAUUUGAGUGUGUUGACACCGGGACAUUUUCUUAUUGGUCAAUCUCUGUUAACCAUUCCAACGACGGACCUUUCUCAGAUUCCAGUUAAUCGAUUAAGCGUGUGGCAACACAUACAAAAAAUAAAAGGAGAUCUGUGGAAACGUUGGUCUAAGGAAUAUUUGACUGAAUUAAAUGUAAAAAAUAAAUGGUUCAUGGGACAAGAUAAUAUAAAGGUGGGAACUUUGGUAACGAUAAGAGAUGAUAAUCUCCCCCCGAUGCGUUGGUGUAUGGGCCGAAUAAUCGAGGUGAUUUCGGGCGAUGACUCAGUUGUGAGAGUUGUAAAAUUAAAAACAGCGAAUGGAAUUGUUGAGCGAGGAGUGAAAAGAAUCGCGCCGCUUCCCAUCGAAGUGUAA